UUCCGGCGGAGCCCACGGUCGUCGCGCGCAGCCGUCAUGGCGGCCGAGGAGAAGGACCCUUUGAGCUAUUUCGCGGCUUACGGCAGCAGCAGCUCAGGUUCCUCGGGCGAGGAGGAUAACAGCGAGCCGGAGGAAACGAAUCGCAGGACCCCAGAUCCUGCGAAGCCGGCGGGCGGCUGUGGGAACAAGGCAGAGAAGCGGCUGCCAGGACCCGACGAAUUGUUUCGGAGCGUGACUCGCCCGGCCUUUCUCUACAAUCCGCUCAACAAACAGAUAGACUGGGAGAGGCACGUCGUCAAGGCGCCUGAGGAGCCUCCAAAAGAAUUCAAAGUAUGGAAGUCAAACUAUGUACCACCUCCGGAGACCUACACUACUGAGAAGAAACCUCCCCCUCCAGAGCUGGAUAUGGCAAUAAAGUGGUCUAACAUAUAUGAGGACAAUGGUGAUGAUGCCCCACAGAAUGCUAAGAAAGCUAGGCUUCUACCAGAAGGGGAGGAGACAGUGGAAUCAGAUGAUGAAAAAGAUGAACAUACUUCUAAAAAGCGCAAAGUAGAACCAGGAGAGCCAACAAAGAAGAAAAAGUAGAAAACAACAAAUGACAAUUUCUGGACUGCGAAACUUGUUGAAACGGUUUUUUUGGGCAGAUUAAGUUGAUGUUUUAAAUUAUUGUGAAACAACAUCUCCAUGAAAGUACAUGUUAAUUAACUAAUAAUAAGUAUUGCUGUGGGAACUUUCCACUGUAGAAUUCAUUUUUUAUUUAAAACUUUAUUUAAAACUCAAGUGGUGAUUUGUGAUUGUGAAAUUGACAACACAUGGAAGCAUUCUUGCUGUCACAGAAUUAGUGACAUGCUUUGAGAGUUUUGUCACAUGUCGACAUGCCAAUGUUCUAUGAACCUUUUAUAAAGGAAUAUAUUUUUAAAUAUAUUGUAAUGUACUGUGAACUCGUAGGGUGCUUUUCAACAGUGUUUGUAUAGUGUAAAUAGAUCAUGGAAAUAAAAUUACUUAUUCAGUAUUA